AAACGAGCUACCCAAUUUUAUCCAUGCACUUAUCUUGGCGAAGACGUACUAGUAGUACCUUCUCUCGACGUAUCCGUGUCACCGAAUCAUAUUGUUUCUGGCCAAGAUGUUACUUUUGGUAUUUCCGGAACCGCGACAACUGACAUUACCGAGGCUACUGUUGGAAUCUACAUUUACGACAAAAAUAACUUUCACCAGGAAUAUACAGCAAUUUAUGUAAACUCUAUAACUCAUGUCCCGUCAACAGAG